CGGGAGGAUAAUAAUAAACUGAUCAAAAUACUUCUAGCAUUCCUAUCAUAAAAUACGUUCUCCAACUAUAGUCAAAUCCUCUUUUUCUUCCUCUUCUUCUUCUUCCUCUUCAUCAGAUUUCUUUGUAUAAUAAACCUUUUCUCACAUGGGUUGCUCUAAUUUCUUCUUUCCAAUCCUAAUCAUAAUCAUAAUCCUCACAGAACAAUCAUCACUGGUUGAAUCAUCAUCAUCAUCCAAUAAGAACAACAAGAAACCCACUGGACCAGUAAUCAAUGUCACCAAGAAUCUCUCCUUCCCUGAUUUCAGCUCCAACAACAACCCCAGACUCCAUCAAGACAUGAAGCUUCUAGGCAGUGCCAUUUUCUCUACUCGAGAAAACGGUUGCAUCCAAAUCCCACCCGAUUCGCCGCCGCACACGGCUGUCGAUCUCCGGCACCUCGCCGGCCGAGCCCUCCACUCCUCCCCAAUCCGCCUCUUCGACCCUCUCUCCCAAACCCCAUCUUCUUUCCAAACAACCUUUUCAUUCCAAUUCACCACCACCACCACCAACCCCACCUCGGUUAAUAAUAUUAGUGGCAGUGGCCUCACCUUCAUCAUCGUCCCCGACGAGUUCACCGUGGGUCGCCCUGGUCCGUGGCUCGGCAUGCUCAACGAUGUAUGUGAUGAUGGUUACAAAGCAAUUGGGAUCGAAUUCGAUACUCGCCAAAACCCAGAAUUUGGUGACCCAAAUGACAACCAUGUGGGUAUCAAUUUAGCUAGCAUUGUUUCAUCCAUAACAAUCGAUGCUUCAGAGGUCGGUGUUAAUCUCAAGGACGGUUCGAUCCACCGUGCUUGGGUUCACUACGAUGGCCAAAACAAGUACAUGGACAUCUUUCUCGGCCGAGAAAAUUAUAGUUUGCCUGAGAAACCAGUGUUCUCUGGUCCUCUCGAUCUCUCACCUUUUCUCAAAGAGUAUAUGUUUGUUGGGUUCUCUGCUUCCACUGGAAAUGUCACCCAAAUCCACAACAUAUUGUCUUGGAAUUUCACCUCGAUUAGCCGAGCUGUUCUUCGUGUUCCUUCGACCGAAACUUGCGAGAGCAAGAUCAUACUCGAACAAGAAAAGAUCGCUCAUCACAGAAAAACCCCCAGUAGCUUUCUGAUUUUCUUAGCUGUGGUUUUUCUCGUUCUCGUUGUUUUGCUGAAUCUAUACUUGAGUGGAAAGCGAAAGGAGGACAACCCAAAAGACACUCUUGUGUUUCCUGAGAAAAAACACCGACCCAGGCCGCCAAACAAGCCUCGGCGAUUCACAAUCGCCGAGAUUCAAUCGGCGACUAGGUGUUUCAGUGAGUUAGAAGAACUAGGUAGAGACUCGAGAGGGGUUACAUACAAAGGAACAAUCUCAAAUGGAUGUCAAGUAGUAGUGAAGCGAUUCUCGACUCAGUUUUUGAGUUCACAAGGACUCGAUCGAAAGCGAAUUUCCAAGGAAAUCAAUUUAAUAAGCAAAAUUCGACAUCCCAAUUUGGUUCCAGUGAGAGGUUGGUGCUUCGAGAAUCGCCAAACCAUGGUGGUUUACGAUUACCUUCAAAAUGGAAGCCUCGACAAGUGGCUGUUCGGAGUGGGUGUUUUGCCCUGGACUCGGCGAUUCAAGGUGGUCCGAGACGUCGCCGAGUCACUGAGUUACCUUCACUCGAGACAACUCGCUCACAAAAACUUGAAAACCACUAGUGUCUUUCUUGAUGUGAGCUUUAGAGCUGUUCUAGGUGAUUUCGGGUUCGUUCUUGACUCGGCCGAGUCAAGGCGGUUUGAAUCGGUGGUGAGUCAGAAAGCCGACGUGUUUGAUUUUGGGAUACUUGCGUUGGAGGUGGUGGGUGGGCGGAGGAGGAUAAUGGGGCCCGACCCAGGUGAAAUGGACUUGUUGGACUUAGCUUGGGCUAAGCAUGAGAGUGAUGAGAAGGCCAAUGUGGUGGAUCGGAGGAUGGGUUCAGUAGUGAAUACGGAGCAGACGGUUCGGGUUUUGGAAAUCGGGUUGUUGUGCACUUUGAAUGAGAAUAAAGGGCGGCCGACGAUGGAUGAGGUGAUGGAGUUUCUGAGUUUGGAGAGACCGGUUCCUGAGUUGCCACCGAGUCGACCCGUUGCUUUGUUCCCGUACAGUAGUACCACCGGUCUAUGCACUGGGUAUUCUUGUGGUUCGUUCAAGUAAAGCCAUGUGUAUUAUUUGUCAUUUUCGAUGGAGUAGCUAUAAGUCGCUCUCAAUUUUUAUGCGCACCUUGAUCAAAUUUAAUGUGUACAAAGAAGAAUAAUGAGAGAUAUUUGAAAAAUAAAAUAAAUAAAAUUACAUGAUCAUGUUUGUAUGUUA